CGGGGAGUACAACUGCCAGGGAUUUGACUCCCGCGCCGCUUCUUCGGAGAGAGCCGCUCAGUGCCGCUGGGCAGAGGAGACCAGAAAUUUCCUUGCAGCAGCUUCCCUACAGUUUCCUGUUCUUCCAGAUAAAUUGGCCAUGCUUUGCCAGUGACUUUGAAGGAGGAAGAACUAAGGAAAGUGAGAUCUUGCAGUUCUUGAUUCCUGGUCUGGAGCUGAGGCUGAGAUGUCAGAGGGGCCCUCCAGGAUUACGGGGCCCAUUCCCCCUGAUCCCUCCCUUUGUCCCGAUUACUACAGGCGUCCCCUAUCAGCACGAGGGAGACUGGAAGGGAACUCUCUGAAGCUGGAUCUGCUCCCCGGCCCCAUUCCUCCAGAAUGCAGCCUCUACCCUGAAUGCUACAGUGCCCGCCUUGCUCACCCUCCUCCACGGAUUAAGCCAAAUGCCAAGGAUAUUCUAGAGAUGGGAAAGAAGGGCACAGUGGGAGCUCUCCUGCAGCUGGAUGGGAUCUCCUUCUUCCAGGAGGUGACACCUAAGCGCAAAGAUCACAAGGACUACGAGAAGGAAAAUCUGAGGCGCAUGCGAGAGAUUCAGCGGAAAUGCAGAGAGAAGGAGCAGGCUCGGGAGCUCAGCCAACCAAAGCCUGUGAAGGCCCUGUGGAAGUCUCAGAAGUAUGAGAGUGUGGAGUCUAAAGUCAAAGCAAAGCUGCAGGAGAGUCCUAGUCCUCCAAAUCCAGAGCAUCAGAGAUACUUGAGAGCCUAUUCGCGCUGCGGUGCAGGAAUUCGUCCCUGCAGGUCACCGUCUCCAAACCCAGCCCAGUCCGGAGCAACAGCAGAUGCAGCAGCUGCAAAAUCACAGAAUGGGAGUGUCAAGAACCAGGAGGAGGGUCAAGGGGUGGACUUUGUCAGCCACAACGCCCGGAACGCCAAACGGGCUCAGCUGCAGCGCUCACGCUCAUUGCAGUCGCUGACCGAAGUGCUGGAGCAGAAACGCAAGGAUCAGGAAGAGUACAACGCUAAGCAGAAAGGCCAUGUCCCCCACUACCUGAUUGAGAGGAAGGACCACUGGCGCAAAGAGGCAGAGGAGCGCCAGCGCAACAUGCCUGACCCCUCCAUGCCACCUGGCCACACCAUGAUGCCAGAGAGCCAGCGGUUGGAGACGCUCAACAACCUCAAACAAAGCCAAGAGCGCUUCCUGAAAGACCUCCUGCUGCUUCCAGUGCGAACUGACACCCUCAGCGUCCAGAACAGACGUGCCACCCUGGAGAAUAAGCUGUCGCAGAUCGAGGAGGCACUCAAAAUAUUCUCUCGGCCCAAAGUCUUUAUCAAGCUGGACUCCUAGGCAGAGGCAAGAUGCUCCCUUUCCCAGCCUUCUCUUCUGGACUGCAAUGGAGAGGAAAGGUCUCUUUUUCCUUCCUUGCUCUUUCACUCAGCCAGAAAUCCUCUUCCCCCUCUCAGCCAUCCUUGCUGGCUGACUCAGUGAUGCAAGCUUCUGCCCCACACUUGUGUGGCUGACCACUCUCUGGUGCUUGCUCUUGGCACCCAGCCUCUCAGGAGCUGGGAUGCAACAGAGGUCUGCAUCAUACCUGUCUGCUUGUCUUGCUUCACACCAAGGGUAGGGAGAAUCUGUGGCCUACCAAAAGUUGCUGAACUUUGA